UUAGCCUAAAUCUUAAUACCAUAACUCUAGCCCUAAACUGCUUCAACUUUGGGGGAACGCCUCCACCGUAUCCUAUAUAUAAUCCUUGAUUUUUUUUUUUUUGGUUAUUCAUAAUUAAAAAUUUCUUCUUUCUGUAAUAUUGUUUUCUUUAAUCUUUAAUCUUUGAAUUUUGAUUUUGUUUAUUUAAUAAACCGGGGCGGGCGUGUCCUCGCUUUGAAGGCUGCCAUGGAAGCAAUUGCGAGGAAAAAAGUGGAAGAAGGGUACGAUUGUUCGAUUUGUUUGGAAAAGUUUAAAGAGGAAGAAGAAGGAAGUGAGAUGCCAUGCAAGCAUGUGUUUCAUUCCGAUUGUGUUGAAAAGUGGCUGCGCAUCAAUCGGUCCUGCCCGGUUUGUCGGUUUGUGAUGCCGGAUGAGGAGGGUGAAAGCAGCGGCGGCGGCAAUGGUAAUUUGGGAAUAUUGGGAUCGGGAAAUCAGGAGAUUGUACAGUCGGUUGUAAGAGUAUCUAGCUUGGCUAAUUUGAUAGCAUUAGCAAUGACGGCUUCAGGUCUGAGGUCGGAACAAUGAUGAUGGUGAGGAGUGUUUAGCUGAAGCUAUACUUUCAAGAGUUUUUGUGAACCAAACUAAUCAAAAUUCUUGCAUUUUUAUUUA